GUCGGCGCAGGGGCCGCCGGGAAAAUCCCGCCGGGCCUGUGCAAAGCUGAGGCGAGAUCGCUGCGGCCGGAAUAAUUUAGCUCGCUGUCCAGAAGGACCCGGGGUGGAAAGCCGGAGGAGGCGGCCGCGCUUGGACUUGCAGACGCCGGCCUUCCACCGCGGAACCCAUCCGGUGCCCCUCAGCUCGCGCUUCCGGCAGGCGUCGUGAGCGAGUGCGCCUGCGCGCCGCUCAGUCCGCGCGCCUCGCCGCUGACCGCGCACCGGCCGGCCGGCAGCCCGACGGUUCUGGGGUUGCAGGCGGCUCACAACUCAGAUCGGCUGCGCACCAGCAAGCAGCAUGUCGCGGAGGCGGCACAGCUACGAGAACGAUGGUGGACAACCUCACAAAAGGAGGAAGACGUCUGAUGCAAAUGAAACUGAAGAUCAUUUGGAAUCUUUAAUAUGCAAAGUAGGGGAAAAGAGUGCCUGCUCUUUAGAGAGCAAUCUCGAAGGCCUGGCUGGUGUUUUAGAAGCUGAUCUUCCUAACUACAAGAGCAAGAUCUUAAGGCUCCUUUGUACAGUUGCACGUCUGUUACCUGAGAAGCUAACAAUUUAUACAACAUUAGUUGGACUGCUGAAUGCCAGAAAUUACAACUUUGGAGGAGAAUUUGUAGAAGCUAUGAUUCGUCAACUUAAAGAAUCACUAAAAGCAAAUAACUAUAAUGAAGCUGUAUAUUUGGUCCGUUUUCUGUCUGAUCUUGUGAAUUGUCAUGUGAUCGCUGCCCCGUCUAUGGUUGCUAUGUUUGAGAAUUUUGUAAGUGUAACUCAGGAAGAAGAUGUGCCUCAAGUGCGACGGGAUUGGUAUGUGUAUGCAUUUCUGUCAUCCUUGCCCUGGGUUGGAAAAGAGUUGUAUGAAAAAAAAGAUGCAGAAAUGGACCGCAUCUUCUCCACCACUGAAAGCUAUCUCAAAAGACGCCAGAAGACUCACGUGCCCAUGUUACAAGUCUGGACUGCCGAUAAACCACAUCCACAAGAAGAGUAUUUAGAUUGCCUGUGGGCCCAGAUUCAGAAAUUGAAAAAAGACCGGUGGCAGGAGAGGCACAUCCUAAGACCCUACCUUGCCUUUGACAGCAUCCUCUGUGAAGCUCUGCAGCACAACCUGCCUCCUUUCACACCGCCGCCCCACACAGAGGACUCCGUGUACCCGAUGCCCAGGGUCAUCUUCAGGAUGUUUGACUACACAGAUGACCCAGAAGGCCCUGUUAUGCCAGGGAGCCAUUCGGUGGAGAGGUUUGUCAUCGAGGAGAAUCUUCACUGCAUCAUCAAGUCCUACUGGAAGGAAAGGAAGACUUGCGCUGCCCAGCUGGUGAGCUAUCCAGGGAAGAACAAGAUCCCCUUGAACUACCACAUAGUGGAGGUGAUCUUUGCAGAGCUGUUUCAGCUUCCAGCGCCUCCUCACAUUGACGUGAUGUACACUACACUGCUAAUCGAACUGUGCAAACUUCAGCCGGGCUCUCUGCCCCAAGUGCUUGCACAGGCAACUGAGAUGCUGUACAUGCGUCUUGACACGAUGAGUACCACGUGUGUUGACAGGUUUAUUAAUUGGUUUUCUCAUCAUCUAAGUAAUUUUCAAUUCCGUUGGAGCUGGGAAGAUUGGUCAGAUUGUCUUACUCAGGAUCUUGAAAGUCCCAAACCAAAGUUUGUAAGGGAAGUUCUAGAGAAGUGCAUGAGGUUGUCUUACCAUCAACAUAUAUUAGAUAUUGUUCCUCCCACCUUCUCAGCUCUGUGUCCUGCAAACCCAACCUGCAUUUACAAGUAUGGAGAUGAAAGUAGCAAUUCUCUUCCUGGACAUUCCGUGGCACUCUGUUUAUCUGUUGCUUUUAAAAGUAAGGCAACCAACGAUGAGAUCUUCAGCAUUCUGAAGGACGUACCAAACCCUAACCAGGUUGAUGAUGACGAUGAAGGGUUCAGAUUUAACCCCUUGAAAAUAGAGGUCUUUGUCCAGACUCUGCUGCACUUAGCUGCCAAGUCCUUCAGUCACUCCUUCAGUGCUCUUGCGAAGUUUCAUGAAGUCUUCAAAACUCUAGCGGAGAGUGAUAAGGGGAAGCUGCACGUGCUGAGAGUCAUGUUUGAAGUGUGGAGGAACCAUCCACAGAUGAUUGCUGUGCUGGUUGAUAAGAUGAUUCGUACACAGAUUGUCGACUGUGCUGCAGUAGCAAACUGGAUCUUCUCAUCGGAGCUGUCUCGGGACUUUACGAGGUUGUUUGUGUGGGAAAUUUUGCACUCUACAAUUCGUAAGAUGAACAAACAUGUUCUGAAGAUCCAGAAAGAGCUAGAAGAAGCUAAAGAAAAACUGGCGAGGCAGCACAAACGACGCAGUGAUGACGACGACAGAAGCAGUGACAGGAAGGACGGUGCCCUGGAGGAGCAAAUAGAAAGGCUGCAGGAGAAGGUGGAGGCUGCUCAGAGCGAGCAGAAGAACCUCUUCCUUGUCAUCUUCCAGCGUUUCAUCAUGAUCUUGACCGAGCACUUGGUACGAUGUGAAACGGAUGGGACCAGUAUAUUGACCCCGUGGUAUAAGAACUGCAUAGAGAGGCUGCAGCAGAUCUUCCUACAGCAUCACCAGACCAUCCAGCAGUACAUGGUGACCCUGGAGAACCUGCUCUUCACGGCCGAGUUAGACCCUCACAUCCUGGCUGUGUUCCAGCAAUUCUGUGCUCUGCAGGCCUAACACUCGCGUUUCUUCCCUUUUUAUUAUCUUGAAAUACCUUGUCUUAUUUUUGAUGGUUUGAAUGUUUAGUAGCCUUUCACUUCCUGAUGGGAAUGGGAGGAGAGUGAGGAGUAUGACGUGACCCUUCGUUGCCCUGCAGGGCAAGUGUGGCUUGAUAACAGCGAUGUCAUGGUGACCGUAGAGUUGUACAUCUGUGAGCACAACUUUCCUGUGAUAAAUUUGAUACUUUUUCUCCUUAGGACACAAAACAACAGAUUUGAGGUGUAUGAAAUGCAAGGUCGGGCUUGCAAAAUAGUAGAUACAACCGAGGGGCUAUCCCCAGGGAGCCAACUUUUCUCUGCUCCUGGGAACAUGGCUGGAAUAAACUGAAGUUAUGAUUUUUAAA